AUGCCAAAAAAGAAGGAAGUUUCCCUUCAAAGUAAUAUUCCAGGAAAAUUUAUUCCACGAGAUGAUACACCAUCAGCAUCUGGCUUUCGAUCUGGUACUAAUAAAAAUAGAUUUAAUUCUAAAAUGGUUGAAUUACUUGCUUCUUCCGAAUCAUCAAUAACAUCUUUGCCAACACCAAUGAACAAUGGCAAUGAACAUAUUUCAAAUGUAACAAAACCAUCAACAAAUGAUCCAACACAAUUAAAUUCAUCUGAAGUGACAGCUAUCGAUUCAUCACGUAUUCAUUCAAGAUUAUUUCAUCGACGCAUUGUAACAAUGCUUGAAACAUUAAAAAUACGAGGUGGCAAUACUGGAGCUGCAUCACCUCCAACAGCACCGAAACCUUUACCAUCAUAUAUUGAACCUAUAUCACAGCCAAUUACAUUUGGUCAAUUACGACAGGCAACAACAUCAUCUACAUCACAUCAAAUGCAUGCUCCAACAGUGACUGAAGAAAUUGUAUCUCCGAGAGUUCUAUCAACUCGAUCGUAUACAAAUUUAACAUCAACACAUGCUAAUGAUGAUAAACAAUCUUAUCAUACAAACGUUAAAUCCUUGAUUAUUGAUGCACAAUCAGAUUUAAAACCAGUGGCAUCUUCAGUACCAAUAAAUAAAUCGACUUCUAAACAUCAAGCAAAUAAAGAACGUCUUUAUUAUUCACCGUCACUUGAACAAUUGCUCGAGCAACAUAAUGUUGUUCCAAAAGUACAACAACGCGAUGAAUCUAAACAAGAACCAAAGAUACAAGAUCAUCAUUAUCAUCAUCAUCAUCAUCAUCAACAACAACAACAACAACAAAAUUCAAAAUCACCAUUAACAGUCGAUGAAAUUCUAGCAACUUAUUAUUCUAAAAUUAAAGUAUCAACAACUAUCGAAACACAACCGCCACCAGAAGAAACAUCGGUUCAUUCAAGUAAUAAUAAUAAUAAUAAUAAUAAUAAUAAUAUGAGUUUUUAUAUGCACCCAUCACCAUUAAUAUGGAAUACUUCUCAAACUAAUCAACUACUUAUGUCUCCAUCUUCAGCUCCACCGCCGCUUCUAUUAAAUGAACAAAGUAGAAAUCGGCCACCGCCUCCAUCUUAUUCAGUUAGCGUUGCUAGUGGUCAUCGACCACCACCAUCAGCAAAUAGUCUAGGUCAACAUUUGCUUCGUCCUUCUGCACCCUCGUUGAUAACGAAACAGAUGUAUACCGAAUCUCAGAUGACUCAACAUCUGUUACCAGUGAAUUCAUAUGGGACUCUUCCAACACCUCUUUCAUCGAUUAUGGCGAAUACUUCAGUUCGACCACCUCCUCCAUCUUAUGAACUACCAACAUCAAAUAUUGAACGUUCACGUUCAGCAGUAUCAUCAAUGAAUCGUCCAAAUUAUUCUCCCAUGAGUCCACCACAAGCUGGUUUUGAUCGUGAAUUUUCUCGUCUACUUUAUGGUAAAGAUGGUGGGAGACGUCGAAAUCAAAAGCGUAAAGCAUUCAGUGAUCCUGUUAAAAAAAGUGUUGAAGAAGCAGGCCAAUCAAUGGAAAAAAUGCAUCGUCGACUAAAGACUCAUCUAAAUACAACUGAUACGGUUAAUGAAGAAGAAGAAAGUUCUAAUGAUUCAGCUGAUACUGAUAAACGAGAAAAAUAUUUACGUAAACAAACACGGCUUCAACGACAAUCAGAUUUUCCUGUAAGUAACCGCGAGUCGGCGAAACAACCUAUUGUUCCUCCAAAUCCAUUAUUAAAACGGCCAAUUCCAUCAUUUUUGCAAGUUUACUCGCAAGCAGCAUCAAAUAAGGAUAUGAUUCUUCAAUGGAAUCUAUUCAGCUUACCUGAACUUGAGUCGUUCGAUACUAUGAUGACUAAAUUGUAUAGAGAUGAAAAUUUUGUUCGUGUGCAGUUAUUUGAAAAUUACCGAGCAUUAUUAACAUUAAUAUUAGAAUCGAAGAAACGAUACAAUAGAGUUCAUAGCGAUGAAGAUGAAGAUGAUAGUGUAAUAACAACAACCGCUCUGUAA